GGCUCGGGGGCGGGGCUUCGCGUGGCCCGGGCCCGGCCGGGCGAUAACCUAGCGCGCCGCCUCUCCUUGGUCUGGCUCCCCACGGGUGGCUGACAGGAUGAGGCUUCGGACUGCGGCGCUCCCGCCCCUGCUGCUGCUACUACUGCUGUCUCCGCCGGCCUGGCCGGCCGCUCCGGAGGCCACCGAGCUGCCCCCCCGCGAGGACGUGGCGCGCGUGGCGCGCUUCGUGGCUCACGCCUGCAACUGGGGCGCGCUGGCCACCGUGUCCACGGUGCCGGCCGUGCGCGGGCGGCCCUUCGCCAACAUCUUCUCCCUUAGCGACGGCCCGGUGGGCCAGAGCAGCGGCGUGCCCUACUUCUACCUCAGCCCACUCCAGCUGUCCGUGGGAGACCUGCAGGUGAAUCCAAAUGCCACUUUGACAAUGUCUUUGGCACAGACUGAUUUUUGCAAGAAACAUGGAUUUGAUCCUCAGAGUCCCCUUUGUGCUCACAUAAUGCUGUCAGGAACAAUCACUAAGGUGAAUGAUACAGAAAUCGCCUUUGCAAAAAAGUCAUUAUUCAGUCGUCACCCUGAAAUGGAAUCAUGGCCUUCAGAUCAUAACUGGUUCUUUGCUAAAUUGGAUAUAACCCACAUCUGGGCCAUAGACUACUUUGGUGGAGCCAAAACACUGACACCUGAAGAAUAUUAUAAAGCCAAACCUUAGUGAAGAGGAAUAUGGUCAAUUCCAUAAUUCCAUCAAGAUGCUUGAGUUUUUGGGAUACAUAGGGAAACUGCUUUAAAGUUUUUUUGCAAAUUUUAUAAAAGAAAAAAAUGCUUAUUUUUAUAUGCUUGAUAUUUAAAUCAGAGGCUUGCUGAGAGAAAUUUAGAUUUUAGUAUUUUUAUGACAUUUUAAAAUUUGGGUUUUUUUUUAAAGAAAAAAUAUCAUUAAGGAAUUCUGGUUUCACUGAAUAUUAAGGUAGUUUUCCCAGAAACAAAAGUUGCAAAUUUAAAUUGGCCUUUGAGAUUGGAAGCUAUUUCAGCAUGUGUUGUUUAUUCCUGGAAAGUCUCUGCUUGCUAAUUCACUACCAACGAGGCCUCUGAUAGUUUUAUCUGAACAGGAUGAAAAGGGGUUAAUUUGCCCAUAUAUUAAAUGUGCCUAAAUCUUGCCAAACAGAAAAACUGUUUAUUUAAACCCAAAUGGAACUUCAGACAGCUAAUCAGCUUAUGUAUGGUGAUUGUGGGGGGUUUUGCUUGUUAAUACAGGAACAAAGCUAGAUUCAGAAGAAAUUGCUGUAACAAUAAUAUAGAAUCAAGUAGGCAUGUGAAAUUUUUCCCAAGUUUAAUUUUACCCAUUUUAUUUGAAAUUUCUCCCUUCUUAUGAUUCCCUUCUCCCCUUAAAAAAUAAAUGUUUUAUCUAUUGAAUGGAAGGACAGGGAAUUUGUGGAUAAAUACUGAGAUCCUUAUUAACCAGAUGAGUCCAUGGUUUCAGGUGCCGUAUCAGAGCAUAAUUUUACCCAUUUUACAGUGUCCUUUAAUUGUUGUUUAUACUUUCUUACUUUUAACAAAUAGGGUCAUUCAGGCUUUUUUAGUUGGCUUUUUUAAGCCCUCUUGAAGGAAGCCAUGAGAAGGGAAGAUCAUAUAAAGAAAAGGAAAUAUUUUUUCCUCAAAAUGAAAUGUAACGGGGGCCAUUAUUAUUAAUGAUUAUAAUGAUUAUAAAAAUAAGUAUGAAUACUUUUGAAAAGCAUGAAGAGUGAUUUUCUUGAAUGUUGUGAGAGAUAGUAUGGUGGAGAGGCCAAGAAGACCUGGGCUUAGAUCUCAUCCCUGAGACAUACAUACAGAUUGUAGGACCCUGGACAAGUAAUUUUACUUCUCAGUAUCCUAGGCAACCCUCUUAAAGCUGUAAGUUGCAGAGAAGGUGCUGACCUGCCAUUGGUAGAAGAAAUUUCCUUCUCUGGGAGUUGCGUGCAACAACUAAAAUCACAGGUCCAAUUCCUGUCGCCUGUUUGAGUUGUAUAAAAUUGGUUAUUGUUUUAAGAUUAUUUUUAUUUUUCUUCCUAAAUAUCAUAAACUAAAAUAUUCUUUUCUAAAUCUGUAAUGUCAUUUUCAAACAAAAUGCUUUCUUUGAAAGUGUGUGUAAGCAGUAGCCACAGUGACACCGUACUUCUUGAGUUCCCUUCAUAUCUCUGUUAUUGACUCAUUUUUAAAAAUGCUUUAUUACUGGUUGUUUAAAUCAACAUCAAGGGAACGAAAUAGGAAUAAAACCUUAUAAACAUCAUAUAAGGUCCUUUAGAAUUUCAUUAAGUAAGAUCAGGUCCUAUAUAGAUUUGCCUUACCCUGAAUUCUGUCUUGUAAUGAAUAAUAGCUAUUCUACAAAUAUUUGUACUGUAAAUUGAUUGCUCUUUGAGGGUCCAGUGAAUUUAUGUAACUCAGGGAAACACAAUGCUUGAAAAGAUUUUGGGAGCUCUUUAGAUGAAAUCAAUUUUUAGAAGCCUACCAGCUAUCUUUCUUAAAAUAUUAUAAAGAAAAGAAAAUUACUGUAUGCAGAAAUACUUUCAGUAGAUUCUUCAGGAUUCCUUUGUAUUAUGUCUUGGAAGUUAAGUUCUAAAUUUAAAAACUGCAAAGUGGAAAAAUGAAUUUAUUUGAAAACUAUAAAAUUGACUUAUAGUAUUCCAUCAUGCUCAAUUAAUGCUUUAAUAAAUGUUUUCUAUAAAAUUUCAUCAUGAGGUUGGUCUCUAAAUAAAGUACUAAUAAUUAAAAUUCUUUAA